UGUGAGAGGAUAUUUUUGUUGUUUGUCUUUCAGACGUCAAAUUAAGUUAUCAGCAAAGAAGUAUUUUUGUGUUUUAUAUUCAAAUUUGCUUAAAUAAUUUGUGAAAAUGGGUGAAAAAGCAUCAGACCAAAGUAUUAUGGAUAAAUCCAUGAGAUCAGUUUUCGUCGGUAACAUACCAUACGAAGCGACUGAGGAGAAGCUAAAGGAAAUAUUUAGUGAAGUGGGUCCUGUUUUGUCGCUUAAGCUUGUGUUUGAUCGUGAAAGCGGUAAACCGAAAGGAUUUGGAUUUUGUGAGUAUAAGGAUCAAGAGACUGCGUUGAGUGCUAUGCGUAAUCUUAAUGGUUACGAAAUUGGUGGACGUACACUGCGUGUAGAUAAUGCAUGUACAGAAAAGUCCCGUAUGGAGAUGCAGCAAUUGUUGCAAGGUCCACAAGUUGAAAAUCCGUAUGGCGAACAUUGUAAUCCUGAUGAAGCACCCGAAAUUAUCACAAAAACAGUUGCAUCUUUACCGCCAGAACAAAUGUAUGAGUUGAUGAAACAAAUGAAGCUCUGUAUAGAAAAUAAUCCAUCAGAGGCGCGUCAAAUGUUAAUGAUAAAUCCACAAUUGGCUUAUGCCUUAUUACAAGCUAUGGUUGUUAUGCGUAUAGUCGAUCCACAAUCUGCAUUGGGUAUGCUAUUUAAAGCUAACCAAAUGCCACCUGUACUUGGUGGGAAUGUAAUGUCUAGUGCGCAACAAAAUGUACCAAUAGGUAAUCCAAUACAACCGCCACCACCGCAACAACAGCAACAACAACAACAGCAGCAGCAACAACAACAACAACCUUUGAAUGGUCCACCUAUGCCUGUACCACGUCCAGAAUUCAACCCAAUGACAAGUGGUGAUAUUGAUUUGCGUGCUAUGUCUGCUGCUGCACAAAAUACUAAUAUAGACCCACGACAAAUGGAUCCUCGCAUGGGACGUAAUAUAGAUCAAGAUAUGCGCUCACUGCCAAAUCCUGUGCCACCACCGCAUAUUGAUCCUCGUUCGCGGCAAAUGCCACCACAACAAAUCAAUCCAUCAGCAAUUUUUGGGAACGAACAACGGCGACCUAUCGAUCCACGUUUACGUGGUGUCGGUCCAGCUGGAGGCAUGCCGCCAGCACAGCAACAACAGCAAACGCAACAACUACAAAAUCGUUUAGUUGUGAAUUACGGCUUGCCCAAUGAUGCUUCGGACCAAGAAAAGGCCGCGCUUAUUAUGCAAGUUUUGCAAUUAUCAGAUGAUCAGAUCUCGCAACUUCCACCGGAGCAACGUGCCAGUAUUCUGGCGUUAAAGGAGCAAAUAGCAAAAAGCACACAACGUUAAAUGGGAUUAAUUUUAAAAUUUUCUUUUAGAUUUUAUGCGUUAAAAAUACGUUUUUAAUAAUUUUUUUUUGU